AUGCUCGAAGACAGAGAAAUCACGAACGCUGGCUACGGAAGCAAUCUGGCCAUGGAUGGUGUUGUAGAAUGCGACGCCUCUGUUGUUGAUCACUACGGACGCAGUGGGGCUGUUGGAGCUGUAGCUCAGAUCAAGAAUCCUAUCUGCCUAGCACGAAUGGUCCACGACCACACUAUGGAUUCACUGACGCUCCGCCGGGUUCCUCCAAACCUCUUAUGCUCCCAAGGUGCCACCGACUUUGCUGUAGAGAUGGGCAUGCCAAUCCUACCGCAUGAUGCACUGGUUUCACCAGCCGCCAAGGAGCGCUGGCUGCGAUGGCGUGCGGAUCUCAAAUCUGCCGAACACAAAUCCAGGAAGAGUAGUGCGCAUCCGUCUUGCUGGAAGAUCAGGGAUAACGCGGCACCUGAAGAGGAACGAGCCCAGGCGCGUAUGCGUGAACAGCAUACCGAGAACCUGCUGGGAGUUUAUGCACCCCUGCUGUCACCGUCUGACGACAUGAUGUACGAUGAAGACCAUAGAUUUCCUUCUGAUCCCUCUUUGCCUACCUCUGAGCGUUCUUCGAGCUCAUGGAUCAGCGAUGAGCAAUUCACUACCCCUGGAACAUGUGACCGAACAUCAUUGACCGACGACAGUUGCCCUCCCGCGGUUGCGGAUGCUUCUCGCAAUGCCUUUGUCAACAGCACGCAGCAGUUUCCUAAUCUGGCUAUCGCCGUAGAUCAAUGGGGCAACAUUGCGUGUGGCGCUUCUUCGGGAGGUAUCGGUAUGAAGUUUCGUGGACGCGUCGGCCCAGCAGCUCUCGUCGGCGUAGGUGCUGCUGUUGUCCCCGUCGACCCUGAUGACCCGGACCACACCAGUGUAGCAACCGUUACAAGUGGAACCGGUGAGCAUAUGGCAACGACAAUGGCCGCUACUGUAUGUGCCGAAAGACUCUACCAGAGUGUGAAGAAGAGCCCGGGUGGGGACUACGUGGAGGUUUCCGAGGACGAAGCCCUAAAAGCGAUGAUCGAAAACGAAUUCAUGGGCCAUCCUAGUGUCAAGCAUAGCAAAUCUGCCGGCGCUAUCGGUAUCUUAGGCGUCAAGAAGAUGCGUACUGCUCUGCUGCUUUACUACGGACACAAUACCGACUCAUUCGCCAUGGCAUCCAUGUCUUCAGAUGAUGACAGGCCCCUAUGCUCAAUGUCUCGUAGCAACGGCAAUGGCCAGAUUGCACAAGGAGGCCGCAUGCUGCCCAUCAGACGCCACAAGAAGACGAAGUCAGGGUCUCGCCGAUAA